GAAAACUUAUACACAUGCGAAGUCCAGACUCCACACAGAAAGAUCUACCAGAGAGUGUCCUAACAACAUUUUUCAUUAUCAUACAUGAUACAUUAAUAGUUUACGAUAAUGCUCCUUAUAUUUGGUGCAGGAAGCACUUGGGCUCCCCCUAGUGGUGUAUAUGGGAAUGUUUUUUUGGUGUGUCUAUACAUGUGUUAUAUAAAUUAUACUAGUAGACCAAGUGCAAUGUGCUUUAGCUGAAAGUGGGAAGAUAAUCUUAUUAUUCAAAAAUUAUUUACUUUUGUACAUUGUGCUUAGCUGUAGAGGUACUUUAAAAUAUUUUCAGGAGGUGGUACGUCACUUGAAGAACCACAGUAUUAUCUGGCAUAUUUCUAUUUGCAUGUGACUAUUUAUAAAUAACAACUUGAUCCGUAGCUUUUUAUGACCGUCAGUAACCCCUGACUGUAGUCUCUUCAUGCCUUGCGUCCAUUUGGGCCGGCCACUUACACGCGCCACCUCCAUGAAUCCAAUCGUAACGCAGACAACGUUCACAAAAAGAAAAACACUUCCGGUCUCAGCUGGAGGAAAUGUGACGUACAAUUGUGGAGUGAAUGACUUGAUGGACAAUUCCUCGACAAAACGCUGCUGUUGAGUUUGACCACAAGCGGUGACUUGGACCAUUAACCAUCGGCACCAGACGCACCCUGUGUCACUUUAGGAGCAGAAACUCUCAUCGAGUGACUGCUUCAUUAAGAUGAAGCUGAAGGAGGACCUCAACCCACUUGUGCUGCUCCUCUUCCAACUUGUGGUGUGGACCUACACUCUCAUCACCUUUCUUCCACAGUACCUUGUCAAAUGGAUGACCUCUGCCAACGGUGGUUUCUGUAGCUCUCUGGAGGAGCGGGCAAAGAGAAUAAAAGCCCACUCAGUAUCAGGCAGCCUGGAGGGACCCUACAGAGCUGUAAAUGCUGCCAAGACGCUGGUGUCAUCGAUGCACCCGGGGGUGGACACCCUGGAUAAGUUGUUGGAACACGCAGUCACGAGGUUCCCUCGUCGGGACUGUUUGGGCACAAGGGAGGUAAUAAGUGAGGAGGGAGAAAAACAAGCCGAUGGGAAAGUGUUUAAAAAGGUCGUUCUGGGUGAUUACACCUGGCGCUCCUACGAGGAGGUCCUCACAGCAGCAUCUCAGCUGGGCCGUGGUUUGACAUCACUGGGUCUGCAGCCCAAAAGCAACGUUGCUCUCUUCUGUGAGACACGAGCCGAAUGGCUAAUAGCUGCCCAGGCCUGUUUCAUGUACAACUACCCACUGGUCACCCUGUACUCCACACUCGGAGGCCCUGCUAUCGCUCUCGGGUUGAAUGAGACUGAGGUCACACACAUCAUCACCAGCAGAGAGCUUCUGGAAACCAGACUGAAGGAUAUCCUCAUUGAAGUUCCAAGGCUGCAGCACAUUAUUGUAGUGGAUAACAGUACAAAGUUAUGGCCAGACCUCCCUCAUGGCAUCAGUAUCCACAACAUGGCUGAAGUUCAGGAGCUGGGAGUCCAGCCUGACAAUGCUGCAGGUGAUCGUGAGCGACCGCUGCCUUCGGACAUCGCUGUCAUCAUGUACACCAGUGGGUCCAUGGGUGCGCCGAAGGGCGUCAUGAUCUCCCACCAAAACCUGCUGGCUGGAGUUACAGGAAUGGCUGAGCGGAUUCCUCAUCUGUGUGAGGAGGACACCUACAUCGCCUACCUUCCUCUGGCACAUGUCCUGGAGCUCAGCGCAGAGCUCGUGUGUAUUUGUCACAGCUCCCGUAUCGGCUACUCUUCACCUCAGACCCUGUCUGACCAGUCGACGAAGAUCAAGAAAGGAAGUAAGGGAGACACCAGCGUCCUGCAGCCCACUCUAAUGGCAGCGGUUCCCGAGAUCAUGGAUCGCAUUUAUAAAAUAGUCAUGACCAAAGUCCUGGAGAUGAACUACUUUCAGAGAACACUUUUCACUCUGGCGUACAACUAUAAGCUGGAGCAGCUUGAAAAAGGAAAUGCCACACCUGUGUGUGACAGGUUGGUGUUCAGGAAAGUUCGGGCUCUGCUUGGGGGUCGGACACGGGUCAUCAUGUCAGGAGGAGCGCCGCUCUCUGCGGCCACACAGCGCUUCAUGAAUGUGUGUUUCUGCUGCCCAGUGGGUCAGGGAUACGGACUGACUGAGACGUGUGGAGCAGGAACAAUCAGUGAAGUGUGUGAUUACAGCACUGGGAGAGUAGGAGGGCCACUGGUUUGUAGUGAGCUAAAGCUGCAAGACUGGGUGGAGGGUGAGUCCAACACACCCACACAUAUCCACAAUCACAUGACUUACAUUACUUGAUGUUGUGCAUUUUGUCCAAAUAUAACCAUGGGAUACUACAAGAGCACGGGGAAAAACCAAGGAGACUUCCUGGUGGACGAGAACGGCCAACGCUGGUUCUGUACAGGAGACAUUGGCGAGAUUCACGAAGACGGCUGCCUCAAAAUUAUAGAUCGUAAGAAAGACUUAGUGAAACUGCAGGCAGGAGAGUACGUCGCCCUGGGGAAGGUGGAGGCCAUGUUGAAAAACUGCCCUUUGGUCGACAACAUCUGUGUCUACGCCAACAGUGAUGAGACGUAUGUGAUUGGCUUCGUCGUGCCCAAUCAAAAGCAUCUACUGGCUCUGGCUGAUGAGUACUGUAUCCAUGGAUCAUGGGAAGAGCUGUGUAACAGCAAGGUCAUAGAAGAGCUGGUCCUCAAGGUCAUCACAGAGGCUGCCAUGGCUGCUCGUCUGGAGCGAUUCGAGAUUCCUCGCAAGAUCCGUCUGAGUCCAGAACCUUGGACUCCCGAGACUGGAUUAGUGACUGAUGCAUUCAAGCUGAAACGCAAGGAGCUGAAAACACACUACCAGGAUGACAUAGAGAGGAUGUACGGCGGAAAAUAACAGCGAAGGCAGACGCAUUGUAAUUCAUCACUCACUACAGUCAGACACACUCCACUGCUCCCCUGAUCCUCCACUGUUUUCGACACAACUAAUGCAGAGCCACACUUGCUUGAGCACGUGUUUAAAAUGUAAAAAUAUUAAAGAAUAAAUGACGAUGUUGCAAUUUGUUUUGCACUUACUGUUUUUGUUUUGCACUUACUGUAACUUGUCCACCACGCUGGAGUCUACUAUUUAUGCACCCAGGUGGAGAUCUUAUUGUUCCAGAUGGGAGUUGCGAAACAGAUCAUGGGCUGCAAACCAACACUGGUCACAACAAGAAAGAAGUUGUCAUGGAAUGUAGUCAGUAACUUAAAGCAUUUGACU